AUGGAAACGUUUAUGAUUGUGAAACAAACCAUAUUAGCUAUUCAUACUCUGUAUGCUACAAGAAAAAAAGUGAUAGUUAAUAAGGCGCAAUGCCAACGGUUAACAGAACGGCUUGAACUCUUUGUUUUGCCAUUAGAACGUCUUAAAAAAGAAAAAUCACCUCAUCCAGACUUACAAAAGCUACUUUGUAGUUUUGAAUUAUUUGUUGAGGAAUGUAAACAAUUCAUUCGUCUAUUCAAAGAAUCAAAUUGGUUUAAAAAAGUAUUUAUAAAUAAUAUAUAUAAGCAAGAAUUUGAAGAUUUAAAUAAUUGUUUGAGACAGUACGCUAUUAACUUGGGUUUGGGAUAUAAUAUAUUGAAAGCAUUUGAUAAAGAACAAGAUGAGAUAGAUCAGGAAAUAGAUUUAAAUGAUAUACAUCAAAAACAUUAUGAAAUUUUACGACUUAUCAAUGAACAAUCACAAAUUCAGGUGCAACAUGAAACAAUACGAUCAGUACAUCAAAAACAUAAUGAAAAAUUGAUUAAUUCACAAAAAGGAAUAAUUUCAAUAAAAUCGUCUCUUGAACAGAGAAUGCAUCAACAGAAAAACAAGAAACAAGAAUACUUCAAUGAUUUACAUAUACCCGAUGAUGAAUUACAGCUGGUACAAAGUAUUGGAUCAGGUGCAUUUAGUAAAGUUCAUCUUGGAACAUGGUCAAGUCGUUGUCAAACAGUUGCUAUCAAAAAACUUCAUCUUAGCGAUAUGGAUAAACAGAUGGAAACACAAUUUACUAAUGAAGUAUCGACUUUGUGUCGUAUUCGUUAUGAACAUGUUGUCAGCGUAUUUGGAGCAUGUAUUAGACCUAAUGCGUAUGCAAUCGUUGUCGAACAUAUGCCACUCGGUUCGUUAUUCGAUGUCUUAAGAAAGAAAGAUCCAAUUUUAACCAAUCAUUGGUCAAUUCUCUCGCAAAUUAUCAAAUCUAUCAACUAUUUACAUAUGUUACAUCCACCGAUUUUUCAUCGGGAUAUUAAAUCAACUAAUUUUCUUUUGAAACGAAGUAACAAAGAAGAUGGAUAUCUGGUGAAAGUAUGUGAUUUUGGUUUAUCUGAAACGAGACGUGAAAGCACACGACAAACACAUAUGACUUGUGGUACACUACAAUGGAUGGCUCCAGAAAUAAUGAAAAUGGAAAAGUAUACAGAAAAAAGUGAUGUUUAUAGUUUGGGAACGGUUCUAUGGGAGUUAGUGACGAAUAAAAUUCCAUAUAAUGAAGUAGAAGAAAGUACGAUACGUUCAACCGUAUUAGCUGGUGAAAGAUUAGAAAUACCUUUUCAUGUACCAGAAGAACUUCGACAAAUUAUCUUGAGAUGUUGGUCACAUAAUCCUCGCGAUCGACCUUCAUGCUACGAUUUAUUGCUCACUGUUAAUCUAGCAAAGCAGCAAUCUUUUUUCCCGACAAUACCGCGAGCGACAUUACCGCGAACGACAUUACCGCGAACGACAUUACCGCGAACGACAUUACCGCGAACGACACUACCGCGAACGACAUUACCGCGAAUACAAAAAACGACGUUACCGCGAAUACAAAAAACGACAUUACAGUGA